AUGGAUCCCCGAUAUAGUGCUCAAGACAUCCUCCGAUGCGACCUUUGUGAGGAAGAUGUGGUGCAAAAUCAUUGCGAGGUUUGUUUCAUCAACCUCUGCGAAGCCUGUAAAGGGAAGCAUCUUUCAAGCAAAAGACACAAGGUCGUGCCAUACUCAGAAAGAAAAACACCCAACAAUCCAAAAUGUCAAAAACAUUCUAAGAAUUGUCAAUUAUUCUGUGAUAAAUGUGACAUGCCUGUCUGUUCUACAUGCAUCUCCUCGGGUAAACAUAAAGAACAUUGUUUGUUAAAUGUUUUUCAAAAGCUUAGCUCUAAAACGAAAGAUAUCAAAAAAGACCUGAGAGAACUUGAAUUUAGAAUUUACCCAAAAUAUGAAGAGAUCGCUGCAGACAUCGAAAAUAAAAAGGACAAGUUGGAAAAUCUCUAUCAAAAAUUAAAAACAGCUGUCAACAAACAAGGAGAAAACUGGCACAGAGAAAUUAACUUAAUUGUCAACAAACAAAAUUCCGAAAUUGAUGACAUGAAAACUAAGCACAUUUCUGUUUUAGAUAAACAGGAAAAUAUCAUAACACAACUUACCUCCAAGAUAAAACAUCGUAUUUUUGAUCUUCAGAAAAUUCUUGAAUCCAACGAUCUUUCCCUAGCACACAAAUCCAGAAACGAUGAGUUCAGGCGUUUACCUCCAGAUGUUAAUGUUUCUUUACCAGUAUUUUCCCCUCAGAAGAUUAACACAAAACGGCUUCGUCAACUCUUUGGUUCUUUAUCAGAAUUAUCAAUGACAACAAAACAUGGUAACGCAAUGGAGACGCCAGAAACUGUUUCCAACACUCAAGUCAGACGGCUGCUUGAUGAACCAGAGCUCAUUACCACUAUAAAUGCUACAAAUAAAAUAUACAAUAUUGCCUGUCUCAGUGAUGAAGAGAUCUGGACCCGUGGGAAUAACAAUAUUUUAAAACUUUACAAUCUACAGGGCAAACUAGUAAAGUCCGUUCAGACCAUAUCAUUGAACAAUCCAGAUGACAUCACAGUGACGAAGAGUGAGGAUCUAAUUUAUACUGACUAUAAAGGAAGGUCGAUUAAUAAAGUAAGAAAGGGAUACAUCGUGGAAUGGAUUACACUACAUGGAUGGAAACCUAGCAAUGUGUGUGGUACUUUAACUGAUGACCUCCUGGUAAUCAUGGACAGUGAUGAUGGAGAGCAAUCCAAACUUGUUCGUUACACUGGCCAAAGUGAACAAGAAACCUUUAAGUUUGAUAAUACAGGUAAACCUCUGUAUUCAUCUGGUUACUUUACAAAAUACAUCAGUGAGAACAGAAACCUAGAUAUUUGUGUGGCCGACAUUUUAGCCAGAGCAGUAGUGGUGGUCAAUCAAAUUGGAAAUUUGCGAUUUAGGCACACUGGUCAUUCCCCAACUGCCAAAAGAUAUUUUGAACCAGUCGGUGUCACAACAGACAGUCAGAGUCAAAUCCUCACAUCAGAUCGUUUUAACAGCUGUAUCCACAUCCUUGACCGAGAUGGACAGUUCCUAAGUUACAUUGAAAAUUGUGAACUAUAUCAUCCAUGGGGUUUAUGUGUGAAUACUAAAGACCAUCUCUUUGUAGCUGAGUCUGAUAGCGAAAGAGUGAAACAAAUAAAAUACAUGUAA